GAAGGGAUGUGAUACCAAUAUGGCGACUCGGUUAAAAGCAAACAACCGGCGUAGCCGCAGUCAGUCCGCUACACGGCACGGCGGUAAACGCGUUUGUUUGUACGGUUAUCAGAAUCUGUGUCGUCGAAGCACGAACGCGCACAAUCCUACCCUUUCUUCUUCUUAUUUUUCCCUUUUUUUCUUUUUUUUUUCUUUCUUUUUUUUUUAAAUUCUUUUUCAUUCGCUCCCUUCGAUCGAUUCUUUAUCCUGUCGGCUGGUUUUACGAAACGAAGGGAAGUCACGUGACUCUGUCAUCGAUCCGUUGUGCCUGAUUAUUCGGUACCUGUUCGUCUUCCGUGAUCAACGACCAGUUAACGAAAAACCGUUUGCAAUCCUCUCUUUGUUUCUCGGCGGUCGUCGAUGUGUCGACGAGGGAACAGUGUGUGUUCGAUUGUUUGAAGAGCCGAUUGUCGACAGAUAAUUGUCACUGGCGCGACUGUCGCCCGGCUUCGUCUGGUAAGUGCGGGAACUCGCGAGUCUGUUGGUGAAAAGCUGCGCCACCCUUGAUUUAUUCGUCGGGAAUAUAUCUUGUAAAGGAUCCCUACGGGACAAGGAGGAAAGAUGUCGAUUGUAAUGCAGUACGUGGACCGGCUCCACGAGAUACUCGACAAACAUGCAGAUCAGAGGACAACGAAUUGGUUCCUGAUGAGUUCACCGUUCCCAACGCUGUUCAUCUGCCUAAGCUACGUAUACGUGGUCAAAGUUUUAGGCCCUAAAUGGAUGGAGAAUAGGAAACCGUUUCAAUUAAAGAACGCCUUGAUAGCCUACAAUCUAUUCCAAAUGUUGUUCUCCGCGUGGCUGUUCUAUGAGAUAGGAUUAUCCGGCUGGCUGACUGGCGACUAUUCUCUAAGGUGUCAACCCGUAGACUACAGCGAUCGACCCCAAACAAUGAGGAUGGUGCACGCUUGUUGGUGGUAUUACUUCUCCAAAUUUACGGAAUUCAUGGACACGAUCUUCUUCGUACUGAGGAAGAAGAACGAUCACGUGUCGACGUUGCACGUUAUUCAUCAUGGUUGCAUGCCAAUGUCAGUGUGGUUCGGCGUUAAAUUCACACCUGGCGGUCACUCUACCUUCUUCGGGCUAUUGAACACGUUUGUUCACAUCGUGAUGUACACGUACUAUUUACUGGCCGCGAUGGGCCCGAGGGUGCAACCUUACCUCUGGUGGAAGAAGUAUCUAACCGUCUUCCAAAUGAUCCAAUUCGUAGUCGUGAUGAUUCACGCGUUCCAGUUGCUUUUCAUCAACUGCAACUACCCGAAGGCGUUCGUUUGGUUGAUCGGUCUGCACGCGACCAUGUUCUUCUUCCUUUUCAACGAGUUCUACCAACAAAGUUACCAGCAAAGGAGGAAACCUUUGAAGAGGAACCAGCAGAAUCAUCACGCGAACGGUGUGUCGAACGGAACGAUCAGCAACGGAAUCAGCAACACCUCCUCGGGAAGAAGGGACGCGGCGGAUUAUUACGUAAAGGGCGACAGUUUGGCCGCGUCGGAGCUGAAUCUUCGAAAAUCCUACACGACGACCGAGUGACCUGAUCGCGUUACUUCGUGGCCAUCAUCGAUUCGUCUCGUUCUUUUCCAUCGAUUCACCGAGUCGCAAUCCGGGGUAUCGUUCUUUCAUCUUUCUGAUCUGUGACAGGUCUUACGUCGAGAUCUAAACGGAUAAAUCAUCGAAGAUACGUCGCACCAUGGUACACAAGAGUACAAAAAUAAUUGCUCCGUAUUGCGACCACUUUUAACGUGAACUCGUGAGAGGGGAAGAAAGAAAGGGAGGGAGAGAAAGGGAGAAUGCGCGUACGAGAGAGUGAGAGAGAGAGAAAGAGAUGUUGUAUGCACGUAUGUAUUUAAAUGUCACAGUACAAGUGGAUGGUCAGUGAAUAUAAAUUAUUUGUGAUCAGUUGUGCGACUUCGAUGAAGUGUAAUCGCGCUCACUAGUGAUCGUACACCCUCCUUAGUGUUUUGUUAGCCUUCGGUUCACUAACGACCAGCAAACGGAAAUACACUUUCACUAUGGAAUGUCAGCAUUCACCGACCAUCCGCUUCCACUGUGACAAUAUACAAUACGUACGUUUUACGUAUACAGAAUGAGGUACUGUAUCCAAGGUACACCCGGAUGUCGCGACUCAAUGUCACGGAUUCCUGUUGUCGCGAUUCAGGUAUCCAUGAUAUAUUAUUUCGGUUCGCUGUACGUACACCUGCCUCGGCCGAUAAGUUAGUUCGUCCAUCGAUCCAGCCAGUCCCUCUUUACGAGUAUGGUACACCAGAAAGCAUGAAACUUUUGCUUUAUUACGAUAAACGUUAGGGACUGAACGCAUCAGCUUUUUCUGGUAACAUCGCGUUGGUAUGAAAACCGAGGGAAGAUUAUGUAAAAAAUAGCUUCGGCGUGAAGAUUAGUAUCGUCAUUAUAUUACCGACCGUGGUAAUUUGGCCCGUGUUACGAGGCAACAACCAUAAUCGAGGAAUAAUUGUUUUUUUAUUGACCGUGGUGAAAUUGCAAGGCUUUCCGCAAUGAUUCGAGUCUAGCCAUAAGUAAAAACUACUCUCACCUACUUCGAUCCGGGUGAAAUUACUUGAUCGAACCCCCUCCUCGUUCUAGCUUCCAAUCGUCGACAGUUUUAGAUAUUGUUAGAAUUAUUUUUCAAUUUAUAUAAUUUUCAAAUACUAUACAAGACGAUAGCAAGACCGCAGAAUGUUUUACUGUCAUCAGCGGUCGUGCGCCGCUCAAAGAUUAUAUAAAAACAGGGAAUUAUAUAAGAGAGUUAACGGUGUGUCUUGAAUCGGGAUUACGUAACAAUGCCACCGACCGUUAUCGUUGCGUAAUUCGGGAAGAUCUCCUUUGAUUCUGUUUUUUUCUUUUCUUUCAAUUAGGAUACUUCAGGUGUUAGAAAAUUUAUGAUUCAUUACACUUAUAUUGGUGACCUUAAUUGGACCGAUCUAAUAGAAUUGUCCACACACUUUCAUACCACGGUUUCAUGGGUUACAUAAACGCCACGGAAACGGGGUUUUAAAUUUGCGUGCAUGUGUCCAGAAUUAAGUUUCACAGAAUUACUCAGUUGUGAGUAAAAGAAUCGGAUCGCAUUUCUUGAAUAGAUUUUUAUGGUACUCGUCUAAAAUUUUACAAGGUGUUGGUAAAAAGAAAUUCGAUGGCAUAAGAGGUAAUUUAUCUAUGCGGCAGUGGUAAACACGGCUAACCGUAAUUCAACAUUGUAUAUAAAAUACGUUAUCUACCCGAUAUGUUCGACUCAAAAGCCACUCAGUUAAAAAUAAGAAGAUAGAUAUGCUAGGUAAACUAAUCAUGUAUGUACAGCGGAUAGUGUGUAAUUUAGAAUAUUUUACUGAUUGGCUUUUAUGCCGAUUAUAUUGUAGACAUCACGAAGCCGCGCAAAGCAAAGGAAACUCAUAUUUUCAACAACAGACAUCCGAGUUUUUGUUUUUAAGAAGACGAUUAAGGAAGAAAGCGUCAUCCGUGCCUUGCGAGUAAACAAAUGUGCCUUUAACGUAUAUGUAGAAUGUUCUUGACGAUCGUGCACGAACAUCGUUCGAAUGCACAAGAACCGUCAGCGAAUUGUUGUUGACGAUAAACAAAGGGGUUGCGUUUCAAUUUUGUAACACGGUUGGCAAUGUCGGAUCUGUGAUUAUCGACAUAUCGCGUCGUUAAACAUACGUUGUAUCGGGGAUGUUAAAGGAAACUCCGGAAUUCCCAUUUUUCGUGUCCAUUCACUUCGUUUACAGUGGCCGACAGAUAAGAAAGGACACCAUACCCGGAUGGUCGCAGAAUGGUCACGAAGCGUGGGGAACUAGGAGCUCCCUUUGACACCUCUACGUUAUACUGGUCACGUCCGAAUUUUCCUUUUCUACGACACCUUCCCUAUCACCCACUAACCCAACUUGAUCAGGGACCUUCUCUGCUGCUGCUCAACCUCCCUUUGUUUUCUGUUAUGUGGUGGAAGAUACCUCUUAUAUGUAGUAGACACUCCUUCUUCCUUGAAGGGAGAUGGGGUAGUAUGGGAUUUUUAAGACUCGUCCAGACCUGUAGACAAUUUUUUGUAAGUCUGAGUGAGCCUUUGUUCGCUAAAAUCACCACGCCAACCUACCUCGGGCACAUCGGGGAAGCUCCGAAAAACACUCCACUGCUACUUGACCUCCCUAGUGCAAGUUGGUCCCUGCGUGGAUCUACCUCAGUGUAUCUAAAUAUCUCUCUGCCAAUAAUUUCGACCGUUAUACAUUUUUCAAACUUACAAUUAGCUCUACCACCGCCUGGAAAUUAUCUAUAGGGUCACUUCCUGGAUUGUUAAAUGUGUCCAACAUGCCAACAGCCGCUUCUGAAUGUCCUAUUGCUUAUUCUAUGAACUAGGUAACGGUGGUAGAGUAUACUAAAGCUAGUGAGAUAAGUCCGGUUACUAUACUUAGGAGAAUGUUUGAGCAGUAGUUAACAGAGUAAUUGUAAUUAAUAGAGUGGGAUAGUACGGUGGUAAAGUAAUUUUACUACUAGCCUUCUCCUAGAGCUAGUAUCUAUUUACUAUACCAAGAUAGUCUAACGAUAAAUGUAAUAGGACUCCGAGUAUAAGUGCACAGUUUAGAGAUCUACUAUUGUAUUGUAGGGUUGCGCAGUAUUACUAGACGGUUAUUGUACGGGAUUCAGGAGUAGUAAGAGAAAAUAAAAGCAGGGGAAAGAAGGAUAAGGACUCGGACGUGACAAAUACAUACAAAAUUAACCAGCGUGUUUUUCUAUUUAAACCGCGAAUCUCUGUAGUGCUAAAUUGUUGAAUCGAAUUGUUUAACCUCGUCGUCGGCGUUGUUAAAAUUGUUGUUAAAGAGUCAGGGAUUGUCUACAAGCGUUUAUAAUAGUUUAACAAACCGUUUCGAAUGGGACACGAGGAUCAAAGUUUUAUCAAUUUCGCACACGUUAAACCUAACAAAGCAAAUAUUUCUAUUUUUCUAAGCGGGUGGUUUGUAAUAUAGGUCGUUUUGUAUAUUCCAUAAAUGAAACGUUUUAUGACUGUGAAAAAAAGUUUGGGCGUGUUUCGCGUACUACUUGCUAUGCGAUAUUUAAUAACGGAUACUUGCUCACCCUUUCGACGUGAAAGGGAUUUUAUAUAGCUGUUUGUAUGCUCGAAAGAAACCAUUUUUACGUAUUGCCGAUAGAAUUACAACAAUUAACCAUAACGAUUCUCGAACUUUGUAUUAUAAUACCACACAGGCAGACAUGUAAUCGGAUAGCAUGGUGACACAAAACGGUUCGCUCGGUGUUUCGUUCGCUUUGCACGUUUCGUACACCCUGUACAUAGGUAGGAUAGUUUUGUACCGUCGUAAGAAAAAUGAGAACAAUCAUGAUUACAGUCAUUGCGCCAUGCUUUACACUGACGCUAACGUAAAGGAAAAAAAAUGAAAAAAAAAUUAAUAGAAAAUAAAAUAAAAGAGGGAUAAUAAAGUCAAGUAACGUGAGUACCGUGCGCAUAAUAAUAAUUUAUAUACGGAUUUACAUUUAGAUAUUACGAAUAAAAAAAUUAUUUAAAAAGAAUGCAACAACGAAAGAAAAACCUUUUAUUAUAAUUAAUGAAACGUUCUGUAAACGCGGCUAUGUACAUAAUAACAAUUACAAAGGACAUAAUAACAAAGGAAAAGUAUCGAACAUC